AUGAGAUGGAUCGACAAGAUCAUUUCAAUGAAAUCCAAAACUUAUUGGCAAAAUCAUACCAACUGGACUCUUACUUUGGAUCGCGGCUAUUUGGACAUUCUUGAUGAUGAUGAUAUCACUGACGAUGCUUUCAUCCUUGAUGCCAAAUACGAGGCAACAACUGGUCGUGAAGUUCCAUCCAAGCAAGUCCAUUUGACGACUGAACAACAAAAUCUCUUGGCAACUGCAUUGGAAAAUACACAAGAGCUUUUUGAUGGCAACCUUGGACACUACAAACACAAGAAGAUCCAUUUGGAAGUGGAAGACGGUGCCGUUCCUGUCCAUUCCAUAGCGUACUCUGUUCCUGUAGAGCAUCAAGACGCUUUUCUCAAGGAACUUUGCUAUUUGGAAGCCAUCAAUGUACUCAAAUGA